UUUAAGGCGCGCCCAACGGUCGAUUUCGCCUUUCUUCUUGUUCAAGAUUCUUGUAGCUUGUGGUAAAUCAUAACCGAUUUAAAAAAUUAAUUAUGAGGGAAAUCGUACAUAUUCAAGCUGGACAAUGCGGUAAUCAAAUCGGUGCCAAGUUUUGGGAAGUAAUCUCUGAUGAGCACGGUAUCGAUCCCACUGGCACAUAUCAUGGGGAUUCUGAUCUUCAGCUAGAAAGAAUCAAUGUAUACUACAAUGAAGCAUCAGGUGGAAAAUAUGUUCCUCGUGCAAUUUUAUUGGAUUUGGAGCCUGGUACUAUGGAUUCUGUUCGAUCAGGUCCAUUCGGACAACUCUUUAGGCCCGAUAAUUUCAUCUUUGGUCAAAGUGGUGCUGGAAACAACUGGGCUAAAGGUCACUACACUGAAGGAGCAGAGUUGGUCGACACUGUCCUAGAUGUUGUGAGGAAAGAAUCCGAAAGUUGUGACUGUCUUCAGGGAUUUCAGUUGGCUCACUCUCUUGGUGGUGGCACUGGCUCCGGAAUGGGAACCCUACUUAUUUCCAAAAUUAGAGAAGAGUAUCCAGAUAGAAUAAUGAACACUUUCAGUGUUAUGCCUUCACCUAAGGUUUCAGACACGGUUGUAGAACCAUACAACGCAACCCUCUCAGUCCAUCAGUUAGUUGAGAAUACAGAUGAAACUUUUUGCAUUGACAAUGAAGCACUGUACGACAUCUGCUUCAGAACCCUCAAGCUCACCACCCCGACCUACGGCGAUCUCAACCACCUAGUCUCUGUCACCAUGUCUGGCGUCACGACCUGCCUCCGUUUCCCUGGUCAACUGAACGCGGACUUGAGAAAGCUCGCCGUCAACAUGGUACCAUUCCCCAGGCUUCACUUCUUCAUGCCAGGCUUUGCCCCGUUGACAUCCAGGGGAAGUCAGCAAUACAGAGCAUUGACCGUACCCGAAUUGACGCAGCAGAUGUUUGACGCCAAGAACAUGAUGGCAGCUUGUGAUCCCAGGCACGGAAGGUACCUGACCGUCGCUACCAUCUUCAGAGGCAGGAUGAGUAUGAAGGAGGUCGAUGAACAGAUGUUGAACGUCCAGAACAAGAACAGUAGCUACUUCGUUGAAUGGAUUCCAAAUAAUGUCAAGACCGCAGUUUGUGAUAUUCCACCCAGAGGACUUAAAAUGUCUGCUACUUUCAUUGGUAACAGCACUGCCAUCCAAGAAAUCUUCAAGAGGAUCUCUGAGCAGUUCACUGCUAUGUUCCGCAGAAAGGCUUUCUUGCAUUGGUACACUGGUGAAGGUAUGGAUGAGAUGGAAUUCACUGAAGCUGAAUCCAACAUGAACGAUUUGGUAUCAGAAUAUCAACAGUACCAAGAAGCUACAGCUGAUGAUGAAGGUGAUUUCGAAGAAGAGGAAGUAGCUGGUGAAACUGCCUAAUUUCUUCGCUGAAUGUUAAUAUUGUGAUUUUCCCUCCCAUUGGACUUCAGAUCCCAUUCUCAGUACGCUUGUAUUGUACUUUUUUUGCACUUUUUGAAUAAUCCAUUAAAUCUGUUAUGUUCA